AUGAGGCUCAUUAAGCAGCUGGUGGUUGCUUUAGUAAUAGCUUCAUUAUUAGAGGUAUGGUGGAGCUGUGAUGGUUGUUUUGAGAAUGAGAGAAAUGCUCUUUUGCAACUCAAGGCUUCUUUCAAUCAUCCUGAACGCAUGGCACUCUUUUCUUGGGGAUUACAUACUGAUGACUGUUGUAAAUGGGAAAAUAUUCACUGCAGCUCCACCACUGGACGAGUUUCCAAACUCAGUAUUCGGGGCGAUUAUUGGGCCUCUGAAUGGUGCUUCAAUGCCUCUUUGUUUCUUCCUUUUCAAGAAUUGACGAGUCUUAGCUUACGAGACAAUUAUAUUAUUGAUUGUGUUGAGAAUGAAGGUUUUGAAAGAUUACAAAGGCUCAGCAAGUUGGAGUUUCUUGAUUUAGAAGAUAACUUGUUCAACAACAACAACAUUGUAUCAUCUAUUGGCCAUCUUUCAUCUUUAAAAUCAUUGACUUUGACCUACACUGGAUUGGAAAGUGUAACUGAUAUUCAAGGACUAUCAGGACUUGAAAAUUUGGAGUUUCUUGAUUUGUCAUUCAACAACUUCAGAGAUAGCAUCAUACCAUUUUUACGCAUCUUUACAUCUUUAAAAUCAUUAAAUUUAGCCGACAAUAAAUUGGAAAGUGGUAUUCAAGGACUAUCAGGACUUGAAAAUUUGGAGUUUCUUGAUUUGUCAUUCAACAACUUCAACAAGAGCAUCAUACCACUUCUAAGUGUAUUUUCAUCUUUAAAAUCUUUAACAUUGAUCGACAACAUAUUGGAAAAUAUAACUGAUUUUCAAGGUUAG